AUGUGGAUUCAAGGCAUUACCCACAACGGUAUUGCUGCAUUCAAUUCCGCUCCUUCCUCUUACACUGUCUAUCGUAAUGUCAAGGAUUUCGGUGCCAAGGGUGAUGGUGUCACAGACGACACUGCUGCCAUUAACCUGGCUAUUUCUUCUGGUGGUCGAUGUGGUGACAAUUGCCCAAAUCAAUCAUCCACUACCCAGCCUGCAGUCGUCUUCUUCCCGGCUGGUAAAUACAAGGUGUCUAGCCCAAUUAUCCAAUACUACUACACCCAGUUGAUUGGUGAUGCUCUAGCUCCUCCUACUUUGCUCGCAGCGGCCAACUUCUCUGGUAUCGGUGUUGUCGACAGUGAUCCCUACGGAAGCAACGGUUACAACUGGUAUGGCAAUACCAACAACUUUUACCGUCAAGUUCGCAACUUUGUCAUCGAUCUGACACAAACUUCUGCAACUGCAUCCACCACUGGUAUUCAUUGGCAAGUAGCUCAGGCAACCUCGCUUACCAACAUUGUAUUCCAAAUGUCGACUGCAUCCAAUACUGCUCAUCAAGGUGUAUGGAUGGAGAACGGCUCAGGUGGUUACAUGUCAGACUUGGUGUUCAAUGGUGGUAAAUUUGGUAUGUGGGUCGGCAGUCAACAGUUCACUUCUCGUAACUUGACCUUCAACAAUGCCCAAACUGCUGUCUACAUGAACUGGAAUUGGGCUUGGACCUUCAAGACCAUCAACAUUAACAACUGUCAAAAGGGUAUUGAUAUGACUGCUGGUGGUGCUACCAAUCAAGGAGUUGGUUCCAUUCUUCUUCAGGACGCUACUAUCUCCAACACUCCCAUUGGUGUACUCUCCGAUACCUCCGCUUCAUCUACUCCCAAGACAUCAGGAUCUUUGCUUUUGGAUAAUGUUAAGCUCACCAACGUACCUGCUGUCGUUAAAUCUGAUGCCGGUACCACUAUUCUUGCCGGUACAACUGGUAGUUCCACUAUCACUUCUUGGGGUCAAGGAACAGUUUACACCGCCACAGGUGGCUCUGGCACUUUCCAACAAGGUAACCUUCCUAGCGCUCCUAGCAAACCCUCUGUUCUUCUCGGCACCCAUGGAUUCUUUGAGAGACCUCGUCCUCAGUACGAGCAAUAUGCUGUCAGCUCCUUCUACAAUGUCAAGUCCGCAGGUGCUAAGGGUGAUGGUUCCACUGAUGAUACCGCUGCUCUUCAAGCUGCUAUCAACAACUAUGCUGGCUGCAAAAUUAUCUUCAUCCCUGCUGGUGACUAUGUUGUUACCUCAACCAUUACUGUUCCUGCUGGUUCUCGAAUUGUUGGUGAAGCUUGGUCCACCAUCCUUGCUGGUGGAAGCACCACAUGGAAGAGCUCAAACUCCCUCUCUCCCGUUUUCAAGGUUGGCAACUCCGGUGACUCUGGUGUAGCAGAACUUUCUGACUUGAUCUUCUCAACCCAAGGUCCUCAGCCCGGUGCUGUUCUCGUCGAAUGGAAUAUUCGCGAUCCUUCCGGUCAACAAGGUGCUGCUGGUAUGUGGGACGUCCACUUCCGUGUCGGUGGUGCUGUCGGUACCAACUUGCAAUCCGCACAAUGCUCAAAGGGUUCUUCCACUGCUUCUGCUUCUUGCUAUGGCGCGGGUAUGCUUCUUCACGUGACUUCCUCUGCCUCUGCUUACCUCGAAAAUGUCUGGGCCUGGACCGCCGAUCACGAUCUUGAUGGCGGUAACCAACUCAGUAUUUACAGCGGUCGUGGUAUCCUCAUUGAAUCUAGCCAAGGUCCCGUCUGGUUGUAUGGAACUGCUUCAGAACACAAUGUCUUGUAUCAGUACCAAUUAUCUGGCGCUUCCAACGUCUACAUGGGAAUGAUCCAAACUGAAACUCCAUACUAUCAGCCUGCUCCUCUUGCCAACGUUCCUUACCCUGUUAUCUCCAGCUUGGCCGAUCCUACCUUCAGCAACUGUGCUUCUGGAUCUUUGACUUGUGCUAUGGCUUGGGGUCUUCGUGCACUCAAUUCGAACAACGUUUUCGUGUAUGGUGCUGGUCUUUACAACUUCUUCAGCAACUACGAUCAAACCUGUCUUACAACUGAGAGCUGCCAAGACGCUAUGGCCGACUUGGAAAACUCAAACAGCCAUCUUUAUGUGUACAACUUGAACACCAAGGCUGCCACCAACAUGGUUUGGAGUUCCGCCAACGGUGUUCUUGCUAAGCAAGCCGACAAUGUCAAUGGUUUCUGCCAGACUAUCACUGCCUUCUUGGUCGAAGCUGGAACUUCACCUGCACCUCCCUCUUCCACCACCACCACCACUACCACCACUUCCGCAACAAAGACUACCACUACUUCCACCAAGGCUUCAACCACCACCACCACAACCACAGCUUCACCUUCCUCAAGCAAUGGAUGGACUUACCUCGGUUGUUACGUCGAUGCUCUUACCCCACGUACUCUUCCCUGGGGUGGUGCCACUAUUGCCUCCGGCAUGACUGUCGAAGGUUGUCAAGCUGACUGUACUACUAACUCUUACAUCUACGCUGGUGUCGAAUACGGUAAUGAGUGCUGGUGCGGCAAUACUAUGCCACCAACCUCGGCUCCUUCAACCGACUGCAACAUGCCUUGUAAGGGUAAUGCUGCUGAGACUUGCGGCGCUGGUGGCCGCUUCAACGUCUACAAAUACUCCUCUUAAAUGGCAGAG